AUGGGCAGCGAUACCAUGGAGGACAUAUCUGGAUCCUUACAGAAGCUUGAUUUUCAUCAUCCCUACACCCCAUACCAUGUUCAAGAGCAAUUCAUGCGGACUGUGUACAAUGUUCUGGAAGCAGGCAAUGGCCAAGUCGGCAUUCUUGAAAGCCCUACCGGCACAGGGAAGUCAUUGUCUCUCAUCUGCGCAACACUAACCUGGCUUCGCGCCUACAAGUCCUCCCGCAACGAAGUUGCUCUUUCUGAAGCCACGUCCAACAUCCAAGACGAGCCCGAAUGGAUCAUUGACCAGAUGCUUGCGCAGAAGCGCGACGAACUGGUGCGUAAAUGGGAAGACCGUGAAAAGCGGCUUGAGCAGCUUCGUAUCAAGGAGAAGGCUGUUGAGACCCGCGUUCACAAGCGUAGGCGACUUGAAGAGCGGCCCACCGGGCGCGAAUCUGAUGACGAAGACGCCGCAUUCCUCUUGCAAGACACCGAAACUCCUGGCAGUCGCCAUACCGAUGCACUCUCGGGUUUGAGUAAAGAGUCGCGUGAAAUCCUGGGCAGGUUCGGUAUUGGCGGUUCCACAAGUGCAGAAACGCCCGUGGCAGAGCAACUGAUGGAAGAAGACAUCAAGCAACAAAAGUCCAGCCAAAAGUGCCCUUUUGUGCCGAAGGAUGAGCUGCUAUCCCAGACGCAUGAGUUCCGAGACUCAGCACUGGCUUCUAUGCCUGAUAUCGAGGACUUACAUCAGCUUGGCAAGUCUCUCGGUGUUUGCCCGUACUAUGCCUCAAGAACAGCGUUGCCGGGUGCUGAAAUUAUUACGCUACCAUACCCUCUACUCCUCCAGAAAAGUGCCCGAGAUGCGCUCGGCAUCAAGCUGGAUGGGAAUGUGGUCGUCAUUGACGAGGCGCAUAAUAUCAUGGACGCAAUAGCCAAUGUUCAUGCCGCCGAUAUACGCUUGAGCGACAUGAAACGGGCAAAGGGCAUGCUGGGCGUCUACGUCAGGCGUUUCGGCAAGAAACUCGGCGGAGUCAACCGCGUCAACGUCGGACGCGUGGGCAGGAUCAUUGAGGGCUUGUCCGAAUGGAUGCAACAGGCCACGCAACUCAAGCAAGACAAUGGUAUCGUGGAUGCCAACGACUUGACCCGUCACAAAGGUAUCGAUCAGAUCAACAUGUUUCAGUUGGUCAAGUACAUCCAUGAAUCCAAAUUAGCCUUCAAGAUUGAGAGCUACGUCGCGCACGUGGAGAGCGAAAUUGAUCCAAAAGGCAUCAUAAGGUCCAGCACGCCAGUGCUCCAUAGCCUGGUAUCGUUCUUGGUAGCGUUGACCAACCUGAACUCAGAGGGUCGGAUAUUCUUUGAACGGACGGCAGAAGAUGUCAAAUUGUCAUACUUGCUCCUUUCGCCGACACACGCGUUCUCUUCCAUCGCCGACAAUGCUCGCGCGGUCAUUCUGGCAGGCGGGACAAUGUCCCCCUUUGACGACUACGAGAACCACCUAUUUCCAUCGUUGGCGAAGGAGAAAGUCACAACCCUGAGUUGCGACCACGUCAUCCCACCCGAAAACCUGUGCGUUCGAAUACUCGCUCAAUCUCGACCUGGUAAACCAGAAUUCGAGUUCAGCUUCCAGAAGCGUAGCGAUCACGACAUGAUCACACAGCUUGGUCUUGCUGUCGUCAACGCCUGCUCCAUCAUUCCUGAUGGUGUGGUGAUCUUCUUCCCCAGCUAUGGAUAUUUGGAUGAGGUUGUCAGCGUGUGGCAGCAGAAUGACAACGGACAAUCUAUAUGGUCUCGCCUCGAGUCCCGCAAAGCCCUGUUUCGGGAGGCCAAAGGGACCUCAAGCGACGAGAUGCUCACUGCGUACACUGAUGCAAUCAUUGGCACCAGCAACACGGGCAGGGGAGCUGUGCUGCUCAGUGUCGUUGGGGGUAAGAUGUCCGAAGGCAUCAAUUUCUCGGAUCGCCUUGGACGUUGUGUCAUGGUUAUUGGCCUGCCCUAUCCGAAUAUCGCCUCCCCGGACUGGAAGGCAAAACUCGAGUACAUUGAGUCAACGACUUACAAGCAGCUCAUAGGCAAAGCCAUACUCCCGAGUGAGGCGCGCACACUAGCCAAGGCGUCGAGUCGCGACUUCUACGAAAACGCCUGUAUGCGCGCUGUCAACCAGAGCAUUGGUCGCGCAAUCCGCCAUCAGGGUGACUAUGCUGCCAUCAUUCUUGUUGACAAGCGCUUUGGUAGCGAGAGAAUCCAUGGCAAAUUGCCAGGCUGGAUCCGCAACGGCAUGGACAAGUCGAAUAAGGACAAGAAUCUCGGUGAGCUGAUGAGUUCUGUGGGCACAUUCUUUCGCAACCGGAACUUUGCCCUCGGUCGGCCUGUUCAAGUCACCAUGACUGACGUGGAGCAAGGAAAGAUGCUCACGGGCAGGCAAUCGCACUCUCGGGUGGCUGAGGAGGGCAUUACCCACUUGCGUAAGCCGACAUCGCGCACGUCAGAUAUCUUCGAGAGGAUCGAAAAGAUCUUGAUGAAGGGGCGUGUAGAGGCCAAGGGUAUCCAUCCUGUCCCAGUGGAAGAUCGCACGUCGACGAGAUACUGGAAUAUCUUCACCGUCUGGUGCUCCAUGAACACCAACAUCCUUGGUGUUUUGUUUGGACUCUUGGGUCCUCAGGUGUACGGCCUCAGUCUUCGAGACUCUGCCUUGGUCAUUCUCUUCUUCUGCAUACUUUCAACGUGCGCGCCAGCGUAUCUAGCAACUCUCGGGCCCAAGACUGGCAUGAGACAGAUGAUCCAAGCACGGUACAGCUUUGGACGCUACCUCGUCUCGAUACCAGUGCUGCUCAACCUGGCGACGCUGACUGGUUUCAUUAUCAUUAUCUGUGUCAUUGGCGGCCAGUGUCUAUCCGCCAUCUCGGACGGCUACCUGACGCCAAACGCCGGCAUCGUCAUUAUCUCGCUCCUGGGACUUCUCAUCUCAUUCUGCGGAUUCCGAGUACUGCAUUAUUACGAGACCUACGCCUUCAUCCCAGCCGUGAUUACAAUCGCCAUCGCGGCUGGCUGUGGAGGAAGCGAUCUCAAGAAGCAGGCAGAACCCCCGAGCCCAGGUGCUGGGCAAUACGUCACGUACGGCAUGGUUGUCGCCAGUUACAUGAUUCCCUGGGCCGCGAUUGCGAGCGACCUCACGACGUACUUUGACCCUCAGGUGCCCUCGUGGCGGGUGUUCGCUUACACUUGGUCUGGUCUCGCCCUGCCCACAAUCCUCCUUAUGACGUUGGGCUCCGCCAUCGCCGGUGCCCUGCCCAAUGUGCCCGAGUGGCAGACAGCCUACGACGAGAAUCUUGUCGGCGGCAUCUUGGCUGCCAUGCUGAAACCGACUGGUGGCUUUGGCAAAUUCGUCGUUGCCGUGUUGGCGCUGACGCUCCUCGGCAACACCGCAGGCACAAUGUACGCCAUCACGCUCAACUUUCAAACCCUGGUCCCUUGGGCCGUCAGGAUCCCUCGAUAUGUGUUCGCCGUCGUCGUCACCGCAAUCAUUAUCCCAGUCGCCGUGCGCGUGGUCUCGGCCAACCUCCUGCUGAGCCUCGAGAACUUCAUUGCGCUUAUCGGUUACUGGUCAGCAGCGUAUACGGGCAUCGCCGUCGUGGAACAUGUCGUAUUCCGCAGAAAGUAUUUCAGCAAGUCGGGCAAGGUCCCCUAUCCUGAGGCGUACGACCAUGCCGUCUGGAGCCAGGCGAGCAAGCUACCCACGGGCCUGGCAGCCAUUGGAGCCGCCCUCCUAAGCUCCUCUCUGACCAGGAGAGGCGCUCAGAUCUGCACCCAUGGGUUCAGCAGCAUCCGCAUCAGCUUCCGCCGCCCCUCAGGCCUGCAUCGGCUUCUGGAGGCCGCAGCAACCCAAGGAGCCCGGGACAUUGACUGGGCCGCUCUUGGGCUGGACUGUUUUGGCACGCAGCUUGUCGUACAGGAGCAGCAGCAGCAACUACCGGACGACUUUGGACUUGUGCUGGGGUCCCACGAUACCUUGGCGUCCAACUUGGAGCAGGACCCUUUGGACCUGCUCUUUGCAGAUACCGAAAUGACGGGGGUUCUGAAUCAGCAUUCAGAGUCGGGAGACCAUCUCUUCAACCGACUUCUUAAUCACAGUCCCCAGGAAUUUCCUCCUUCAUCAGGCGCCAAUAAUACGCAGGCUACCACACCAGCCAUCCCAUCCACUCAGGUUGCUACCACCAACACGACCACCUCCACGUCUCCUUCUCACUCAUCCACCUCGGAGUCCAACACCAAGCCCACACUAGAUCAAGACCCCACUGCCAAACGUCAGCGUAACACUAUGGCUGCUCGUCGUUACCGUCAACGCCGUCUGGAUCGGUUAGCCGAGCUAGAGAAGAAGUUGGAGGAGAUGACGAGUGAGCGCGACGAUCUACGCGUCAAGUUAGCUAGGCGGGAAGCAGAGUGUGGUGCUCUUCGAGAGGUGCUCGGUUCGAAAAAAUGA